UUUAAGAAUACAACGGUGUUUCCUUCAAAAAUUCCUUAAAUUUAAAUUCCUGUCCCCUCAUCUGAAGAAGAAAUUCUCUCUCAAAUUUUUCAGCCUGACUCCACACUCACGGCCGCUGUUCGUUCAAUUGUAGCCAACGUCUGCUAUAAGCAAGCGCUUCGAUUUUGCAAUUUCAGAAAUCUUCAAUUCUCAAAUGGGUCUGUCUCCAUUCAAGCAGGACAUUGAUGAGCUCAUAAAUGAAUUUGUUGAGGGUGAAUCAACAACUUUUGCUGAUAUGAAGAAAGUGUGGCUCGCUAGGAAGUUCACUUAUAUCUUUGACGCUAUUCCUUCCACCAAUAUGGCUUUCUUUAUGCAAUCACUGUAUGCUCAUACUAUAGGUUACAUGGUCAGUACUGGUUCUUUGUCUAAAAGACUAGGUGGGCUAUAUUGCCUUUACUGCCUAUAUGAGACUCAACCAUUCAAGCCUCCUUUUAAAAUCUAUCUCUCUCUUGGAGAACUGAAGAAACUUAAGAUCCUUGUCAUUGAUGCAAAAGAGCAGGGUAUAAAAGUUGUACCCACAUUGGUCAACAGAAUGCUGGAGAAGAACGUCUUUCUCUUUGGGUUUGUGGACUUAAAUGCAGCCUCUGUUUCUCAGACAGUGAAUCAACUCACAGAGUUGCAGAAUGCCCGUGUGCAACUUGCAUAUAAGAAGUUAUUUGCUAAUACUCGCAUUGAACAAUUCCUCCACAUGGACUUGGGUAUGGAAUUAGAUUUUAACACACUGAAGAAAACAUCAACAGAAUAUGCAGAGGCCAAGAAGCAAGCCAUCCAAGAGGCCAGCAAAGUGGUAGACGUCCAAAAUAUACAGCACAUAACAGAUGAUAAAGAAUUGAUUGGAGAUGUAGUGGAGAACAUCACAGGGUCCUGGAAUUUCCAAAGAGAAGCAUUCUAUCAGCAAACAGGAUUGAACCAGCACACCACUCCAGCACAAGGGCAACAGCUUGAACAUCAUGAAAAGCAAGAUGAUGAUGAAUUUGGUCGACAAUUGGAACUGCAACUAGUUGAAGAUGAGUCACAACAACAGAAGCAAGAGGAUGAUGAAUUUGCUCAACUAGAGAUGGAAUUGUUUGGGAACCAAUAACAAUGCACAAAGAGUAGGAUGAUGAGGAAUUUAGUCAUGAAGUCAUAGGCAACCAGGAGGACUGUUAUGGUUUAGUGCACUUACCUAUCUAGGCCUAUGAUUUUUGCUAGAUUUUGCAUAUGGAAGUGCUGCAGUUUACUUGUCAAGACCAAACAAUGUUUUGAAAUUGGCAAUUUAUGAAGAAAUUUGUUAGUUA